AUGCAAAUUGAUAUAGGAUUGGAUAAUUUUUCUGACCAUCAAUCUAUGUUAAACGUCGUCCUGGAUGCCCGUACUUCUAUCUAUCUAUCUAUCUAUGUUGGUUCAUUAUCUAUCUCUUUCCAUAUUUCAUUCUGUUCAUAUCUAUCUAUCUAUCUAUUUUUUUUUCCUUUUCUUUCUAAGGAUCUUUCCGUUUACAUCUAUCUAACUACCUAUCUAUCUUUCUCUUUCAUUCUAUUCAUAUCUAUCUCUGUAUCUAUCUAUCUAUCGAUCGAUCGAUCUCCGACUGUUCAUAUCUAUCUAUCUAUCUAUCUAUCUAUCUAUCUAUCUAUCUAUCUAUCUAUCUCACUCUGUUCAUAUCUAUCUAUCUAUCUAUCUAUCUAUCUAUCUGAGUUGAAUCUUUCCAUUUACAUCUAUCUACCUACCUAUCUAUCUAUCUAUCUAUCUAUCUAUCUGAGUUCAUUAAAUAUCUAUCUCAUUCUUUUCAUAUUUCAUUCUGUUCAUAUUUCUCUAUCUAUCGAUCGAUAG